GUCCCCUCCAACAUCGAAACGAAUUAAGACCUCCGUCCCGACCAACGCCCCAUCCCAUCUUUUAGCCGCGCAACAAGUUAAUCCCUACUCACGAGUGCCUUCAUACGAGGGCAUUUCUAUGCCCCAAACUCAGAUUCCUCCGCCGAACCCGCGCAAACGCCGUGCUUCUCCCCAAGCAGGCACCACGGCGGCCAUGCCAGCGCUAGGCGCGACCGGGGCCGGAGGCGAGCCCGGACAUGAACAGGGGUCUGGAAUACCAGAGCCUACCCCGAAGAAAAAAGGAAGAACCAAUACUCCCUGGACUGCAGAGGAGGAACAGCGGCUGAAGACUAUGCGCGAUGCUGGCCGCAGCUGGAGCGAAAUUGCCAAGACUUUCCCCACUCGGACCGAGGGCAGUGUCAAGAAGCAUUGGUAUAAGGACAUGCACUACGCUGAAUUUGCGGAAGAUGAGUCCAUAGCACUUCGCGAUGCGAUCAAAGAAUACGAGGCGAACAAGUGGAAAGUGAUCGGACAGAAAGUUGGGAAGCCAGCUAAGGCUUGUGAACAGUAUGCAAAAGAGCACUUCAAGGACCUCUAGAGUUUACGAAAGAUGACGACGUGAUGACUAUCUUGCAUAUUCUUCCUCGCCGGUCGAUCAUAGGCAUGAAAGCUGGUCUGAGCAUGAGUUACUCAUUUUACAUUGAUUUCUCUUUAUAGUCUGCAGAGCAACGGGCGAAGGGUUAUUGGAGUUGGGUCGCGUUUGUUCUCUACUAGCUACAUCUUCAUCAUCCACCCUCUCACAAUUUUUCAGUGAGUCCUGUUUUCAAUUUCGUCUUAGGGCUGUCGUCUUCAUUCUUGAUGAUACACAUUGCUGGUGAAUUUGAACCCCUGUCUCGUAUGUCCUUCAUUACUCGGAAUAGAGUUAUUCAACCGAUCUAUUAAAUCAG